CCUGUGCGGGUGGUCGCGUUUAACUCAGUGUUUUAUGUUUUCUGCUUUUUCUGCCAGGAUUUUCAACAUUCUGCUGAACUUCUCAGUUUUUCCUCCUCAAUCUCAGCUGUGAUCGGAUGUUUACUAUCCAAAAACCGUAAGACGAACGAGAGAUCUGUGUGCCUUCCAGCCAUUAUUAUAAAACAGUUUUAAUCGCCCCCAGACCUCAAGCAAUGAAACUGUUGCUACCCUGUAUGCUCCUGACGCUCGGACUGGCCUCUGUAACAGGAUACCGCAGUCCACUGAAUGACUUCCAGCGCUCAGAAGGCAGGGAGCUGGUUCCUACCUCCUGGAACUCAGCUCGAGUAUUGCUGUUGCCGGGCCUGAACCUGGAGGACUGUGCCACCCGCUGCUCACAGUCUCUGGACUGCAGAGCCUUCAACUAUGAGACCCGUCCGACUGUCACCUGUAAACAUCUGCCCUGGGUGGGCGAUGGGAACAACGCGGAGGUGAAGAGAAACGUAAACUGUGACCUUUAUGAGAAGAAGGUCUAUGUCAGAAAGUGCAUCGUGGGUAAAGGAGAAGACUACCGAGGGAAAGUUUUCACCACAAGAAGUGGGCUCACCUGCCAACAAUGGUGGUCCAAAUUUCCUCACGAUCACAGGUGGACUCCGACAGCCACUAAUGGACUGGAGUUGAACUACUGCAGGAAUCCCGAUGGGGAUCGUAUUGGUCCGUGGUGCUACACCACUGAUCCCGAGCGACGUUACGAAAGCUGUAACAUCCCCCAGUGCAAAGAUGAGGUGUGUAUCACAUGUAAUGGAGAGGACUACAGAGGGCAGGUUGACCACACUGUGAGCGGCAGAGAGUGUCAGAGAUGGGACCAGCAGUACCCUCAUCAACACAUCUACCAGCCUGAAAAGUAUCCCGAUAAGAGUUUAGAUGAUAACUACUGCCGUAACCCUGACGCCUCUCCGGUGCCCUGGUGUUACACCACAGACCCUGAAGUGGAGAGAGAGAACUGUGAGAUCAGCAAGUGCACUGAGGUGCGGGUUGAGAAACGCCAGCGCUCCAGCUUCACGACCAACUGUUUCCGUGGCCGCGGGGAGGAUUACCGUGGUAAAGUGAACGAGACAACAUCGGGUAUCCCCUGUCAGCGGUGGGACUCCCAGUCCCCUCAUGAGCAUCCCUUCUACCCAAACAUAUACGAAUGCAAGGGUUUGGAGGAGAACUACUGUCGUAACCCAGAUGGGUCGGAAGCUCCCUGGUGCUUCACAUCUGUGUCAGAGAUGAGGACUGCUCUCUGCUUACAGAUCAAACGCUGUGCAGACGACAUAGAGGCUGAAGAUUGCUACCACGAAAACGGAAGAAACUACAGAGGCAUGGUCCGCAAAACUCGUAAGGGGAUCACCUGCCAGAAAUGGAACGUUAACACACCUCACCGGACCAAGAUAAACCCAAGGACGCAUCCUGAGGCCAAUCUGACAGAGAACUACUGUCGUAACCCAGACGGGGACCAGCAUGGACCCUGGUGCUACACCACUGACCCGAAAACUGAGUUUGAUUACUGUGCCAUCAAACAGUGCGCUGGAGAGAAAGUAUCCAUGACUGAACCAGUAGAGAAGGUGGAGUUUAGUGAGUGCGGGAAGAGAGAGGACCGCUUCCAGAGGACGAGGUUGCGUAUCAUAAACGGGCUUCCCGGGAACUCACCGUGGACGGUGAGCCUCAGAGACAGGAAAGGAAACCAUUUCUGUGGAGGAUCCCUGGUAAACCCCAGAUGGGUGAUCAGCACCAAGCAGUGUUUCUCCUCCUGUUACGUGGACUUGCCCGGGUAUUCGGCCAUGAUGGGAACGCUGUUUCGUGAUCCACAAGAAGGAGAGCCUGGCGUGCAAACCAUCCCUCUCACUAAGAUUGUCUGUGGACCCUCAGAGUCUCAGCUAGUCAUGCUACAACUGGAAUACCCAGCCCAGUUUAAUGAGCGUGUCUCUCAAAUCUGCCUCCCUCCUGAGCGCUACAUUGUAGCUGAGGGGACAACCUGUGAGAUCGCAGGAUGGGGUGAGACAAGAGGGACUGGAGAUGAGACUGUCCUCAAUGUGGCCCAGAUACCAGUUCUUAGCAAUAAGGAAUGCAACAAAUACUUCAGAGGUCGUGUUCGUGAGAAUGAGAUGUGCACAGGCUCCUUCCAGGGCGGGGUAGGCGCCUGUGAGAGAGACUACGGCGGCCCUCUGGCGUGUCAGAACGGGGACUGCUGGGUACUGGAGGGCGUGAUCAUCCCCAUGAGGCGCUGCGGACACCCUGGGCAGCCCAACAUCUUCAUCCGGGUCUCUGUCUACGUGGACUGGAUCAAGAAGGUUAUGGAGAUGGCUUAGAGACGCAAACUGCCAUCCAACCGAGACCGAUCACAUCAGCUGUCAAAGGCCUCAAGACCGGACCAGUCACUUUUAACCACACACAUUUUUUGUCUUCUCAGAUGUCUGUUUUACAUAAAAAAUGUUAGAUCAAAAUAUAUAACAUAAAGAUAAUAGAUCAAAUGGUAUAUUCAGAUUUUAUCAUACAAUAUAAAACAUUACUAUAUUGUUUAAAAAUAAAAACAACUCAGUCAGACAACUGUAAUUUUUAUAGCAGCCUACAUAUGCUUUAAAAUUGUUUUUAUGUGCAUUUAUAUCUUAUCAGA